AUGAAAAAACAAAUUUGGGCUUCGGGCUGCACGGGGCGGGGGGGCCGUGGAAGCGGUGCCCGCGCUUUCGCGGGCGGACCCAACGCCACCCCCCGAGGCGAAACGGUUCGUGGGGACGCGGCGGCCCCAGCCCGGAGGCGGGAACAGGGGCGCCUCGUUCGAAAGGCGCCGCGCCCGGGGCUUCUCUCUCCCCCGGCCUUUGUUAUUAUUGGUUUUUUUUGUUGGGCGUGGGGUCGGUUUCACCGGAACCCCCUCCCCCCGAAAUCGCCCACGAGGGGCGGCGCGGGGUUUUUUGAUGCCCGACCCCCUGCCGGUCGUUUGCCCCUCCCCCGCGGGGCGCGGGGGUGA